AUGCCACUGUGCUAUGAGUGUGGGGAAUCUGACGCACACCACAGGCACAGACUACAGCCACACGAGCAAGCUUUACAAGAUUGCAGGGAAGAGGUGCAUCAGUCCAUGCAGCCUAUAUUCCAGAGUUUCAAGACUCUGAGCAAAAUGCAGAAGGCCGGCAAGCAAAUGGCCAAGCAUAUUCCCGACCAGUCGGCCCAAACAGAGAGUCAGAUCAGGAAGCAGUUUGAGGAGCUUCGAGCUUUUCUGAAGCAGGAGGAAGAAAAUCGACUGGCUGCGGUGAGGGAGGAGUUUCAGAGGAAGGCCCGUGCUCAGAGGGAGGCUGCUGAACAGCUGAGGAGCGAGGCUUGCACACUGCUGCACGCACUCAAAGCUGGUAACAUGGACAUGGACAUGCCGGGAGAGGAUAACGUACACUUUCUACAGAAUUAUAAAACAUCUGUGAAAAGAGUCUGGAAGGCAGAACAAAAUCCCAAUCCGAUGAAGGGAAAGAGGUAUAACUCUCUGAUUGAGAUGCCAAAACAUGUGAGCAACCUGCGCUUCAGAGUCUGGGAGAAAAUGCAGACAAUAUGCCCUUACACUCCUGUGACUCUCGACCCCAACACGGCCGGUCCCUUCCUGCAUGUGUCCGACGACCUGACUCGUGUUCGCGACAGCGGAUUCGACAUCGACGCUGAAGAGCCGGUAACCGAUGACGAUGAUGCCGCGGGUCUCCCAGACAACCCCGAGCGUUUCAGCGUGUGUGGUGAGAUGCUUGGUCACAUUGAGGGUGAAGGUCGUCAUGGUGAUGGCGACACCACUUCUUGGGUGGUGGACGUGAGCGACAACAGCAACUGGAUGGUGGGCGUGGCCCGCUCCUCCGUAUCCAGGAAGUCUUUGGUGUCUGCCUGCCCCGACAACGGUUGCUGGGCGCUGUCGCUGAGGAGGUUCCGCUACGAGGCGCUGGAGGCCCCCGCGGUCACCCUGCCCCUGGUUGCCAUGGGCAGCAGCAGCAAGAGCCCUGGGACUGUCUCCACACACAGCAUGCUGGCCAAAGGGACCCCUGGGCCUCAGCGGGUGAAGGUGCGAGUGAGCCGGGAGACUGGCCGAGUGUGUUUCACCGACGCGGACAGACACACACACCUCUACACCUUCUCCCCCUCGCAAUCUUCAUCGCCCUCCUCUUCCUCCUCCACUUCCUCCCCUGAUGGCGAGGUCUUCCUGCCUUACUUUGCCACGUCCUGCCAGCACUGCCCCCUCACCGUGCUCCCGGCAACGGUCACCGUGACAACCAGCCUGCUACCAGGGCCCGGAGGGAGGCUGGAGGAAGAGGAAGAGGAUGAGGAAGUAGAGGAUGAAGACGAUGAGGAAGAAGAAGAGGAGGAAGUAGAAGAGGAGGAGAAGGAGAGACAUACAAAGAUGUAUGAUGGACAGUCAAAGUUGUCAGGGAGGAAGCCCCACAGUGUACUGAACUAUCUGAGAAUACCAGAGUCACAGCAAAAGCACCUGACACACACUGAACUGUAAGCACA